AUUGACAAUGAUACACCUCGAUCCAAAGGUGACAUUYUGCCCUUAUGGAAUGCAAAAGUCCGUAGAUUUUACCCUCGUCUGUCUGUCUAGUAUAUAGACACGAUAACUCUCGUAUUUGGAAUUUAAGUAUGUCAAASGAAGCAAUGAAUUCGAUAUUAUUAGCUCAUCAAAGAUAUCCAAAAUGGCGGCCUGCGAGUGUCAAGAUGUAAUGCAUUCCGAAGAACUAAUACUGUUCAGCAUAGCCCAAGCAGGAAGUGAACUUUCUUACUCAUUUACUAACUUCAAUGGCCGAGAAGAAGCCUUCUCAGGACAAACCUGAGCUGCCUUUGGAUGAAGUUCUCAGACCACCACCUCGRCGRAAGAAAUCUUUGAAAAGRUCUAAGUCUGAAGCUGAGAAAUCUCUGMGAAGACGACUCAAUUCCUCUGAUUCUGCCAAACCUGUGAACAAAGACGAUAGAUUGACUGUUAAUAACAAAAUAAAAACAACUCAAGAAGCUGAGAUUUGUGUCAAUGAAUCCYCCAAGGUUAGUGCUUCAACAUCCACCGAGAAAGCUCUACCAAAGCUUCCAGAUGAAAUUGAUAACAAUAACAGUGCACUCAAUGCUAAUAGUGAAUGUGAAAAACAAACCUCAGUCGAGCCAAAAGCGACCAAUGAAAUACAAAUAUUAAACGAUUCGAAACUUGAAGRGCAGCCAGAGUUUUCCAAGGAGAACAAAAUGACGGCGAAACCAUCACUUUCGAUGGAUGAAAACCGAAAUACAAGUCCUSUAGAACUUGAAAWGAAGAGUGAGGAUUGUAUACAUCAUGAUAUGGGAAAUAAAACUAGUUCUUCAUGCAAGAGCAAUCUUAAAACGUCUGGCGAARGCUCACCUUCAUCUCCUCAGAGACAAGGCAUUAAUGRCUCUAUAACAGCUGAUGCAGAAGYCAUGAAAACAUCCGAAGAUAAUAUUGACUUUGAAUCAUAUUGCUGGGUUGCUACUGAUGGUAACAAUUCAUCAUCUUGUCCAAGUAAUACAGGAAUUUUACAAGAUACUUCUCAACCUGGASUUGAGGUUUCAAAUGUUGCUAACAGUGUUGAUAUGAUUAAAGAAAUAUCACCACAAACCACAAAAUGUCAAAGUAAUGACAUACAUGUAUCAGUKAAUAACUUUGAUGAUCCAGAGCGUUCGGUUGUAUUGGAUGUUCMUGCAGUUUCAGAUACAAAUGUUUCAAAUGUGUUUCCUCUGCCUGAAGCAAUUGGUUUCACACAUGYAGAAAAUGCUGAAAAUAAAGAGUCUGAAUCAGRAAACACGGCUGAAGGGUCUUCACAGAUUAUAACRGCUACUACAAGUAAUGACUCUGUCAUCUGUGCGAAGUCAAGUUUGGUUGAUGAUGAAGAUGAAAUAUCAAGGCAAUCUGAGCUUGAAAGCAGUGAUYCACUUAAAAUCUCAGCUGAUCUUGACAUUUCUACUAGUAAGUCAUUCAUUAAUCCAGAAGURAUAGAUUCAAAUGUCAAUACCACUGCCUGUUUGCUCAACAACUCAAGUGUCUCUACUGAUGGAAAGGAAAGUGAAACACCUAUUGAAAUUUUAACACCAUGCAUAAAUAGCAGUGCUGGAGACAAAAAUUCAAAUAUCACAGAAAAUAAUGAAAUCAUCUCAACUGUUAAAGGUAAAUUAUCUUCAUCAUCAGAGAACAGAAAAGYACAAGAAAACUCAAAAGAUAUUCCAGAAACAAAUUCCACUGAUUUGAAURCUCAAGAUUCUGUGCAAAGCACUASCGAUGAGAUUAUUGUAGAGACUGAGAAAAAAACUAAAUCCAAGAACAGUURUUCAAGCARGGGAAAAGAACRUAGAAAAGAAUCUAUACCAUACCAACAUAUGGGUGACAGUUUGAGUUCAGUGGAAGAGUAUGAGCUCUGGGAAGAGGAGAUUAAUUUUAGUGACUCAGAUUCUGAUAUUUUUUACUCUGACGAUUCUUCAAGCUCAGGUGGUGAAGGGUAYUAUGACAUAGAGAACAAUGAAAAAUUAUGGGGAACUCAUAACAUUGAAGGAGAGCAGGGUAAUUCAUUGCCAAGAAGUCCAUCUGGAGAAGCCACCAUAAAUGAAAUACUUUCAGUUUUUCAAAAUACAGAGUAUUUAUCAGUAACUGAUGGGAAGGAUGCAAGUAGUCCCAAGGAGGGUAACCAUAGUGAUGGUAGUCACCAUAGUGAUGGUAGUCAUAGUAAUAACGCCAAAAAGGARGAACCAAGCUUAAAUGAUCURRUACUUUCAGAGGAUCGUGCUAACUCGCUAAAACGUAAAAUCGGUAGUUUUAAGGUCAUCAAGACGGCUGAUCAAAAUGUCGACACUGACGUUAUUAAGGGAGCCGCUGUUGCCAUGCCAACAGACUCUUAUAAACAUACCGGUACMGGAGAUAUGAAUACCGAGGAAGCUGAGAAAGCCAUACAGGCUUUACACAAGAGCUACCUUAAACACGUUAGCCGUGAUAGUAAAAUCAAACAAAAAAAGUCAACAGAGUCAGAGAGUGGAAGCACUGUCUAUUUCUCAAGGGUGUCGAACAUCCAACAGGACAGUGGUAGCUUUAAGACGGAUAAGGGACUGGAGAUUUCAAGACCCCGAUCUAUUUAUGGUGAGCCACGCCUGCGAUCUUUGAGUACCGGAGAUCUGAAUAAAUUACAAGGCGAUAUCAGMAAAAAGAAGUACACGUUACCCUUGAGAGCUAAGAGCUGGAGGGUCGAAAAUGACGAGAGGCUUGUCAAUCUUGAUGGCGAACUAAGAUACAUUAUUGGAUCAAUGGGUAAAUUAGAAAUAUCACGUGAUCGAAGGGACAGCGGUUCUCCCAUGGUAAAGAAUGUGCGUGGAAAAGAAGCAGGGACUGAGAUGGUGUUAGAAGUGAAAUCAGGGGACGCUGUUGAGGAUGUUAAAGACAGCYCAGAGCCUUCCACGACUGAAUCAAACUCUAACAAUGUUGUUGAAGAUAUAUCGUGUUCUUUAAGUGAACUGUCAACACUGGAAAGUGCUACUUCGAGCUUUGACACCAUCGACUCUUCYAAUACUUAUUUGAGCAGUCCUGUCAUUGAAAGACCUUUGUCGACUGUUCAGGAAGAGAGUCCGAAUUCAGCCUCCACAAUAGAUAAAUCCCAAGGUGGUCAACCUACAGACGAGGAGAAGGUGCCCGGUGCCACGCCCACAAAACAAGCUACGGUGAGUUUUAGAGAAGACAUGAAACCGGUGCUUACUUCCACGCCAAAAAGACCAAAAAGCCUAGAGCUAUCUUCCAACGUKUUCGAGGAAAGCUCUUUAAACAGUACUCAAAAUMACAAGGAUAAUUCAAACACCAGUGCGUCUGACAGUUUCAAAUCCCCUGCAAAGAAAGGCAUUAAAAACGGAGAUGUCGAACCUAGAAAAAUUAAGAUGUCCAAAGGAAGGCGUCCUUUCAGCGCAGUGGAGCCUGGUAACAUYCCCACUAGUCCCACUGAAGCAAUCGUUAAAUUGAGAGARUUUCGGUCGACUGGAGAUAGUGACUCGGUUGAUACAGGAUUGCCAGAUAGUGACAUCGUUGAAGUUGGUGAGGAAGCAACGGAAGAGGAAACCACACCGCAGCGACCACCAAGAAAAAAGAAUCCUUUAACUCCAUCAGCAAGUUUCGUAAUACCUUCUCGUGAGAAGCCAGUCAAGCGUCCCAAGAAUAACAAGAAUCGUCCAGACAAGUCAUUCAGGCAAACRUUAUCAGACGCUGAUUGGUUAAAAGUUCGUCGCAGCGUUGCAAAGUCAACAUCGCUUGAUUUAUCUCAUGAUGAUCCCAUGACCUUAGUAACAGAUGCGUUGCCAGCUUCAAUUCCUAAUUUUCCRACUCACAAGAGAGCACAGAUUGCUCUGGAAUUGUACACCACCGAACGCACGUACGUUAGAGGACUGGAGACGGUUAUMGAGCUUUUCAGAAAUCGACUUGAGGAAUACCUCGAUAGCAAAGAGAUGGAGACGAUGUUUUCAAAUAUCAAGGAGAUUUACAACUUAAACAAAGACGUUCUGUUUUCUUUGUGUGAGCGAAUCACACAUUGGAAAGAUGACCAAAUGAUUGGCGAYAUCUUUGUGGAAAUGGCGUCAAGGUUCAAGAUCUACGCGGCUUAUUGUACAAACUACGAUGCUGCCGAGACACUGAUCAAACAGAAAAUCAAGAGGAAGAAAGAGUUUGAAGUGUUUUUGAAUGCGUGUUACAAUCACCCAGUCUGCCAGCCUGGUUUGACUCUGCAAGCGUACCUCAUUACCGUGGUGCAGAGAAUUCCUCGSUAUUUGCUUCUWCUACGGGACCUUGAUAAGUGCACUUCAUCUGAUCACGUUGAUUCCAAGACGGUCAAAGAGGGGCUCCAGAAAAUGAACAACAUUGCUGAAUAUAUCAACAACCAGUUACAAGCCGUGCAGGGCCAAAGAGCCAUGACAGAACUUAGGUCAAGAGUCAUUGGAAUAAAGGCUUUCGAGACGCCAGGUCGAUCGCUAAUCAAGGAAGGAGAAGUGUUUUUAAUGAGCACCAAGAAGACGUAUAAAUGUCUUCUGUUCAACGACAUGAUAGUGUUUGCGUCAAGAAACGUCAAUAAGCAUAGUGAAGUCGAGUUGACUCUAGAACUGAAGACGCUUUGGGUGUGUGACUUGGAUGACAAUGAUCCACAAACUAGCAAAGAAGACGCACUAGAGUUGUACACUCCGGAACGAUCUUACACAAUGUAUUCUGGAUCGCGAAAUGAGAAGAAACUUUGGCUUCAGAAACUGAARACUUCCAUCGCUAUUCAACUUCUUGGCGAAGAAGCCACGGAUAGUAGUGAAAUAUCUAGUCGGAAAGCUGCUUUUACAUUCARAGACGGUCGUAUCUACUGCGGAUGGUUCGUCGAYUCAAAGCCUCACGGUCAAGGAGUACUUGCCUGGCCAAACAGAACGCGUUACGUUGGUAACUUUGAAGACGGUGAAAGAAAUGGUAUUGGAGAAUUAACUUACAACACUGGGGAGAAGUACAACGGCGAAUGGUUGGACGAUAAACAACAUGGUGUUGGGACGUUGACUUACCCUAAUGGUGAUGUGUAUUUCGGUGAGUGGAGAGAAGCCAAAAUGCAUGGAAAGGGCUCAAUCACGUUCAGCAACAACGACAAAGUCGACGGUGAUUUUGUCGAUAAUGAAGUUUGUGGCUGGGCAAAGCUUGAGUGUAUGAAUAACAUGCUGUACGAAGGGACUUGGAAACAUAGCAAGAAACAUGGCAAAGGAAAGCUCAUCCAACCCAACGGCGACACGUACGAAGGGGAAUUUCAAAACGAUCGCAUCCAUGGUCAAGGGAAAAUGAUUUACUCCAAAACUAAAGCAACAUACGAUGGUCAGUGGGAAAACAACCAGCGUCACGGUAUUGGUUCGUAUUCGAUCCCUAAAGGUGCUCAUUACGAAGGAGAAUGGAGCUCUGAUCACAUCCAAGGCAGAGGCAAAAUGGUUUACGGCAAUGGUGAAGURUACGAAGGCUCGUGGUUUCGAGAUAUGCGCUUCGGUAAGGGUCUAUUCAAAUCUCAUGAAGGCAUAUAUGAGGGGCACUUUGAGUACAAUCUGAGGCAUAAGUUUGGUGUCAUGGACUAUAACGAUGGGUCUAAAUAUGAAGGCGAGUGGAAGAACGAUCAGCGAGAGGGGCAGGGGCAGAUGAUUUAUGCUGAUUCAGGAAUUUACGAUGGAAGCUGGUUCCAUAAUUUACGUCACGGACGAGGGAAAAUGACUUAUCCUAACGGAGCAACAUACGAAGGGAGCUGGGACCUAGAUAGUCCUCAUGGAUCAGAGGGUGUUUAUUUCGAUCAAGCCGCCAAUUAUUCCUACGUCGGUGACUGGGUUCAUGGUCGUAAAGAAGGAAGAGGUGUAGAAAGAUGGGUUGGCGGUACAUAUGAGGGAGACUUCAAAGCCAAUGUGCGACAUGGUAAAGGCGUUGAAACCCUCAAAGGCAACAUCGUGUUUGAAGGGAAAUGGAGGGAUAACAGGAAAGUCGGAGAAGGUCAACGAAGGACUAGAUGGGGMAGYACUGAAACUACAGAAAUACAGCAAUGGAAAGAAGGGCAGUUAUUGAAUAAGGAUGAAUCAGUUGCUCCUGACCUCCCGUUUCUACAGCGACACUAGCAAGCAUUCGAAUUACUGCGUGAAUUGGAUUCUUUGUAAUACAAGAAUAUGCGUUGGAUCCAUGAAUUCCGUGAAUCGUUUUCUGCUGUCUAAUCCUGAACACUAUUUUCCAAAAGUUGCAGAAAAUGGCAAGAAAAUCAGCCGUUGAAAAAAGAUGUUUGUUAAUGAGCAAAUAUUUUUAUUGCUGUAAAUGUUAUUUUUUAUGAAUACAAUUAUCUUUGAAUUUGACAACAAUCAAGCAAGCAGUAUUAGAGGAAAGCGAACAGUAGUAACAUACCUAGGGACCAAUUUUAAUUCAAUAUAUAGGAGUACAUGAAAAAUAAGAACUGAAGUUCUAAAAUAACCAAGGAAUCAGUCGUAAUGUAUAGAAUUAAAUACAAUAAUUCAUAUAGAACUGACAAAAUUUAGUUGUAAAUAGUUCAAGACAAUUAUGAUUUUAAUAGGAUAGCGAAUAUCAGAUGAAUUGAUAAUCUGCUAGGAUAUUCAAAUAAAAAAAUUGUUAAGCUUAUUUUUGCUUAUGGUGCACUUUCAUGAGAACUGGCGUGUGGAAUUAUCUAACAUAGCUAUUUCGGGUAAAUAUAAAAGAAUUGAACAAAAUCAUGUAAUUCCAAUCCUAAAUGGAGUAUAUCAAA